UGACAGGAAAUGAAGGAAUUAAAUGAAUAAUGAAAACAAGGAAGGAAAGAUCAGAUGAAUUAAAAAUAGAAAAGGGGAGGAUAAAAAGAAGCAAGGAAUGACAACUGAAUGAAAAAGUGAAUGAAUAAAUGUACAGUAGAAUGGAAAUAAUGAAGGAAUGAAUUAUUGAAUGAUGGAUGGAUAGAAAUUAAGGAAUGAAGGACAGGUGGUUUGAUGAUGAUGGAAAGACGAAGAAACGAGUGAAUGAAAGAACCAAAGAAUUAAUGAAUAAUGAAAAAAGAAAUGAGGAAGGAGGAGGAAGAAAGGAACAGAUAAGAUAAUGAAUGAAUUAUAGGAGGAGGGUGAAUGGAUGGAAAUCAAAGAAGAAGGGAAUAGAAACAAAUGAAGGAUUGAAUCAAUGAAUGAAUAAGUGAGUAAAGGUGAGUGAAAGAACGAAUGAAUGGAUGGAAGGAGGAGGAAUAAAUGAUGAAAAGAACAGAAGAAUGACCUAAAUGGAUUAAUGAAGGGAGGAUAAAUAUAAAGGAAGGAAUGACAAUUAACAAACAAGUGAUCAAACAUGUUAAUGACUGAAGUACGGAAAGAAUGAAGGAAGAAAAGAACAAAGGAAUGAAAAAAAGACAAAUGAAAAACUGCACGGCCGUUAUUUAGUGACGCUUUCGGUAAAGAAAUGACAUACUGCAGUAUCUCCGACUCCAAUAUGUGGCCUGACUAGAACAAUGCAAGGCAAUUAUAGUAUAAUAAUAAUUAUAUUACCAUAAAAAAUGCUAUAAUCUUUAAAGAGGCAUAAAUGAAGGAAGGAAAGAGUGAGUGAUGAUGGAAGGCUGUUUGUUAUGUCUGUGCUGGCAGGAAUCGGAGAUCCUGAACACUGCAGUGCUGACCGGGAAGACAGUGGCGGUGCCAGUGAAGGUGGUAACGGUGGGCACAGAUGGGACGGUUACAGACGUGUCUGACGCUGUGCUCUGCCAGUCCACUGAUGAAGACGUGGUUAAGGUAUCAGACAGGUGUGAUUACGUCUACGUCAAUGGCAAAGAGAUGAGAGGACGAGUCAGAAUGCUGGUGAACUUCACAUACGGUUAUCUGAGGGCUCAGUUGGAGGUGAAGGUCUGGAUUCCCAAACUGCCUCUGCACAUUGAAGUUUCAGAUACUGAACUCAAUCAGAUCAAAGGAUGGAGGAUUCCUGUAAACAGUAAUGCCCAGAG